UACUUUACCAGCAACCUCUCACACGCUUUGUGGACCCUUAUUCUUCCAGCUGUUAUGGUGUUAUACUGAAGCUCCACUCUCCCAGCCUGGAACUAAGAUAAGAGCAGGUUGGGCUGACAGCGUUUUCCAAAACUAUUAAGUGUCUGCACAUUCCUACAAUCUCUGAAAUCCUGUUCGCGUCUAGUUACUUACCACAGUUAAUGACCACAAGAUUCUGAAUUUGAUGGUUUAUAGUUUCUGUAAGGCAUUGCCUGAAGGAUCUAAACAUCUCCAGGAGAGUCUUGUCAAGGAUCCUAUAACAAGGAUGUAGGACUAUAUUUUAGAAUACGAUGGUGUAGAUAUCCAUUGCAUGUAUUUCUUGGUCAACCACAAUAUUUUUAAAAUUGACACGAUGAGUCUGAGCAGCCUUCCAGUCAUAAAAAACCUGGUUUUCCGAUCCAGGCGGGAACGGGUAGUACUAACACCAGAUAUGAUCAGUCCUCCUCUGGGCGACUUCCGACACACAAUGCAUGUGGGUAGAAAAGGAGAAGUCUUUGGGGACACAUCCUUUCUCAGCAAGUGCCAUGAGAAACAAAGGCACAACCGUUGGAACUACAUCACCAAAAAACUACGCCAAGCUCGAUUUAUGUCCCCUGAGCGCCAAUCUUCAGGACAUCCCUUAUCACCACCUCCACCUGUUUCUCCCAUCAUUAAGAAUGCUGUCUCUUUGCCGCUUCUCAAUAAGCAUAGCUGGGAGGACGAGAGAGAUGGGAACACAGAAGUAGCCUGGAAUUGCAUCACUGAGACUAAUAGACCUUAUGGUCUAGAAUCUGGAUUUUGCACCAUGCCCCGUAUCUCCUGCUCAGAGGAGCUAUCAGAGGACACCAACUCUCAAAAACCUGAGGAAGACUGGGCCAGCUCUGGACUUCCAGACGCAGAGGACUACAGUGUCUGCACUGUUCCCUUGGAGUUAUCUAGCAGCAUAUGGCCCUCUGACUCCAUGGAAUCCUUGGUUAUGGACUUCGGUCCAUCACUUAUGAGUGAGAUCCUAGAAGGUAUUAGCUUUUCAGAUGCACCGAAAGACACAGAGAGUACAAGUGACCUCAGUGAACAAAACAUACCGCCAAUAAAAGAUGAUCCAUCUUAUCUUAGCAUAACUAUAGACAAUAACAGCAUGGAAGCAAACCAAUCCCACUUCAAUAUUCUGGAACCAAAGGGGCUCGUGUGUUGGGAACCAGCAACAAUAGCCGAGGAAAUGGAGAUUGAUACGGACAGUGGGAUAACAGGAUCGGAACAAGGGAGCAGGGGAAUCACUGGGGAUCUAUGGGACUCUGGUGAUGGUUCUGAAAUAGAAAUGUAGACAUUUCUAAAAUAAAUGCAAACCUUAUGCCAUAUAUAUGUAUACACAAAUAUCACACUUUUUCUAUAUAAGUGUACCAAUUUAAGAGCAUGAACUGUUUUACUGUUUGAGCUAUGUUGAAAAAUUUAAUCGACUGUGACAGAUAUAACUGGAUGGGUACAUAAUAUGGCAGUUGAGAUCCCAACAGUCAGAAGACCGACAACGGGAUCCCAGCGGCUAGAAACCUGUCACUUCCCUGUAAGUAUUUCUACCUUAUCCCGUAUUCCAUCCCUCCCACAGCCUAACUCUAACCUCCCACAGGCUAACCCUAACCUUCCCCUCCCGAAGCGUAACCCUAACCAUCCCUACCCCAACAGUCUGACCCUUACCCUCCUCCUAGUGCCUAACCCUAACCCUGGUACCUACAUCCGGGAUGUGAUGGGAUUCUGACCAUCGGGAUCCCACUGUCAUUCUUUGGACUGUCUGUAAAUAUUUUAACCGCAUCCCGAUAUAACUAUAUUAUCUGUCAACCUGGGGAUAUUGCUCAUUCCACUGUGGCAUAAUAUUAAUAUGUUCCAUUCAAUCAGACAGUAAGAAAUACUUAUACUUUACCCAGACGUUGCUGGCAAUGUAUAACUAAGAAGGCUGAAUGUUAAAGGACAAAAGUUAAAUAUUUCAUGGUCCAGGCUUAUUGGAGGGGGAUGUACAGUAUACAAUCUACAAGAAAUACAAAGUGGAGAGAGAUAAAGUACCAGCCAAUCAGUCUCUGUCUUUUUACAGGUUUUUUCAAAAAAUGAGAGGCUCUGAUUGGUAAGUCCACGGUAUCUCUCUCCAAGGUUUGAUAUCUUUACCCUCUUUAAAUGUAAUGUGAUAUAUGGGAUACACAUUAUCACAAGAGUUAACACUAAACAAUUCAAGAAAAAAUGCAGCUUACAGUAUACAAGUCUAUUUUGGGCGCUAUGCAUAUAUGUAAUUACAUAAUGCUAAUGGAAAUUUUUCACUUGGAGGGAGAACGUUUAACAUUUACAAUUGAUUUCAUGGGUUACUUGUAGAAGGUCAGUAAGUUAGGAACACUCCAGUAACAGGAAAAUGUUACUGAGAAUCUACAAUAAAAGGAUAAUCAAAUGUAGAUUUCCUUUUCUAUCUGUAAAAUGUGCACCUGUAUAUUAGAAGUGUCUAGUAAUUUUUUUCCAUCUGACCGACCCAACAAAUUUUGGGCUUUGUAGACGCGGCUCGUGAUCUUUUUCACCAAGGCAAGUAAUUACAGUAGCUGGGUUGCUAUAGGUAAGAUGUAUAAUUGACUUUUCUGCCAUAAUGUUCCUGUAGUGACCUGUCAUGUCAUUUUAUAUACAGUAAUAAGGCCCAGAUUUAUCAAGCCUUGGAGAGUGAUAAAUUGCACGGUGAUAAAGUACCAGUCAAUCAGCUCCUAACUGCCAUGUUACAGGCUUUGUUUGAAAAGUGACAGGAGCUGAUUGGUCGGUACAGUACUUUAUCAUCGUGCAAUUUAUCACUCUCCAAGGCUUGAUAGAUCUGGACCUAAAUUUUAUAUCUUUCAUACAUUGAAAAAUGGCAAAAACCAGGUAGGCAACAAUGUGCCAGGUCCAAAUUUUCAUUAGAGCACAACAUUUACACAGUUGAAGACGACAAUCCAAAGUAACCCCAUGUGCUAAAUGUAAAAGGCUGCGAGCUGCCAGAGGUGUGCAACUUUGUGCGAGUGUGGCCAUACUUUUAAAGUGCCAGGUUGGUUUUGCCUUGUAAAUGAUUGGCGCUUUAAAUAUAUGGGAAGACUUGCACAAAUUCCCACUGCUCAGGUACUUUAUUACUGUACAUUUAGCCCUCUAGCAGGCCUGGCCAACUUGUGGCUCUCCAGAUGUUGUGAAAGUCCCAGCAUGCCCUGCCACAGUUUUGCUAUUAGGGAAUUCAAAAACUGUGGCAGGGCAUGCUGGGAUGUGUAGUUUUACAACAGCUGGAGAGCCACAGGUAGACCAGGCCUGCCCUAUAGGCUUGAUGGCCACAGAUGAGGUCUUGUCAUCUAUUUCUAACAACAAUGGCAAAAGGUUCCCAUUAACUUAAAUUUACCUUUCUUUCACUUCAAUCUUUCCAUGCGUGGAAUGCAAAGGUAUAUAUCUAAGCUUAUAGCACUGUCUUCCCAUGCCCCUCACCUAUAAUAAUCUAAACGUUCCCUGUGUUUUUCAGCUCUUUUUCCCCUUUGACCCUCAUUUAGCUACAGUAAUGGAUAAGUCAAGCUGGUAAAAGACAAAGGACUGCCUUUUAUUUAAAAAAAAAAAAAAAGUAAUACUUUUGGAGUUUGUCAUUUUAAAACCACUGGUUUGGUUUGUAAUAAAUUGUACACUAAUUUUAUUUUAUGUGCCUGUGAUGAGCAAACUGCAUCUCAUUGACAUAGGGGCAGUGACCCCUCUAGGAGGUGUCAAAAACUGGUCCAUUUGUAUGGGGUAAGACUCUACAGCACCUGCAAUUUGCCCUGUAUCCACCAUGUUGAACUUAUUUUUCUGUAUCAAUAUAAGCACAAUACAGGUUUCCCUGGACAGGUGAAUGCAUUUUAGUCACAUGAUAAUUAUUCAUAUGAACACCCUUUUCCACCAAUCAGCAUAUGGCAUCUGGUUAUGGAUUAAAAGAUCAUCAAUAAGUAGGUUCACGGUCGAUAGGUCGACAUCAUAUGGUUGACAUGCAUUAGAUCAACAAAGUCAAAAGGUCAACAGGGUCAAAAGAUCAACAUGAAAAAAGAUGAACAGUACAAAAGGUCGACAUAGUCAAAUAGUCGACAUGGAAAUGGCAACACAAGUUCUUUUGUUUGUUUUUUUUGGUUUUUUUUGGGGGGGGGGGUCAUUUUGCAUGUUUAACCUUAUGUGCCCCCAAUUAGUGCAAAGGUUGACCCUCGCGGGCUUGCUUCCGGCAGGGUGGCUAGCUAUGCUCGCAACAGUUUUCUAUUCCCUAUCGUAGUUCACAUGGAUAGUAAAUAAAGCCAAAGUUGAAAAAACAUGAAAAAUAAAACUUGUGUUGACCAUAUGUUUUUCAACCAUUUCCAUGUCAACCUAUUGAACCAGUUGACCUUCUGAACCUGUCAACCUAAUAAUGCAAGUUGACUAUUGACUGCCGAUCAAUCAUCUGGAACUCAUGGCAUCAGAGGUUACUAUUUAUUAAAGUGAUGUCAACUCAAAUGAGUUUUAAAUAUCUAAGGCCCAGAUUAAGCCUUGGAUUGUGGUGAAUUGCACAAAAGUACCAACCAGUCAGCUCCUGUCAUUUUUCAAACACAUCCUGUAACAUGGUGGUUAGGAGCUGAGUGUCUGGUGCGUUAUUACCGUGCAAUGUAUCUCUCUCCAAGACUUUAUAAAUCUUGGUCUUAGUAUCCUCUCCCUUCAUAGCAUCAGAAUGUAAGGAUACAAACUCUGGCACCUCUUCAAUGUCUUAACAAUUCAAACCCCUAUGUGUAGGAAGUACUGAAUGUAUCAUUUACCCUGCCACCUAGGCACACAAUUUUGGGAGGUGGGGGAAUAACCAAAAGUUAGGGGUCAUGUAUACAGUAUAUGGGUGUAUACGUGAAAUAAGCCACAUUGAUCAACUGCUUUUUAUUAUAAGGAAGAAAGUCAAGAAGUUGGGCUGUUUCUUUAUGCUGUGCAUUAACCACAGCUGCAUUAUUACAUUAUGUCUAGACAAGAUCACAUAAAUAGAUGCAGUCCUAUGACUCUUUGUACAGAUCAAUAACUACAUGUAUACUCUUUAUAUAGCUACUUAAAAAAAUGAACAUGUCACUGAAGUAAAUAUAAAUAUCACAAGUAGUCUGCAAUUGUAUGUGUUUUGUGGGCAAUAUGUUUAUUACCCACUGCUGAAAUGCCAAAAAUUGCUGUGCUUUUUAUUUCUAACCAAGAAUAAACAUUACUAUUAUAUGCAA